GUCACACAGGCAGAGUGAAGGAAGGAGGGGAGGGAGCUAUGGCCAGUGAAGGAGACACAGGAUGAUAUGGAAGCAAUGUGAGCUCCAAAAUAUCACUGAAAAGCCAGGAUCAGAGCUACUGAUAGAAGUCGUGUUUUUACCCUGGCACAUCUGGCACUGGCAGCUGUGUAUGUUCGAAGCUGGGAUGGAAAGCAGCAGCUGAAGCCGCCAGGAUCAUCGUCUUCUGCUCCCCUCAGAGAUGUGCCAGGGAGUCAGCCAUAGCAGAGAGCUGUGUGCUUUACCAUCUCAAGACUCCUGGAGCAAAAGCCAGGUGUGCCAGCGGGCUGCAGAGGACCACAAGGGCCGCAACAACACAUGGAGACAGAGGAGGACUCCGGGGACACUGGACAACUGAUAAAAUCUGAUUGUAGAAAAGAUGGAGAUGGAGGUUAAUGCAGGAGAGUGUGUGUCCCCGAGGAGAUCCACAGGACGGGCAAAUAAAUCCCCCAGAAAAGUAAGACCUGCAAGUGGAAACUCUCGAGACACUGAACAAACUGACAAGUCAGGGAGGCAUGAAGAAAAAGGGAUGAAGACAUCUGUGCUACAGGGAAAGGUGAAAGCCCUGAAGGAAAAACAGAUCAAGGAGAAGGAACCAAGACACUCCGAGAGUCGUGGAACAAGUGAAGGUGACAUUUCUGAAGAUGCCCUGGUUUCUCCACAGCUUCGUACGUACCUAACUGAAGACCUGUUGGACUGUCAAAAGCAAGAUGUGUGGGGAACUGAUGAGCUUUGGGAGACUUGUGGAUCUUCCUUGAAUUACUACAGUAGCUGCCAAACAGAAAACGUGUCCAACUCUGUUCCUGUUGAUGAGAACUCUUCACAAUUCUGUCCUCAUGACUGCUUGCACUCUUCAUGUGACAAUCCCUGCAGUACCCCAUGCACUACAGGGGACCCCCACUGCUCGCUGAGUCUGGCCGAGCGAGUGGAGAGAAACCGGCUGGAGCUGAGAUGCAAAUUAAACAGAACCGCAUGUCACAGCCUGGACAAUACAAAUGGUGAUCUGCCCAGCCAAGGACACGUCUCCAAAGAUGUCAGCUGGUUGUUCCCCGGCGAGACAGAUGCUGAUUCUGGGGUAUCUAUACCCAUAAUAGAUGAUGGCAGGGAGCUCAGCGUCCGUCACGAACAGGCCAAGCAGCUGCUACACAGAGCACGGAUGAAAGCAAAGGGGGCCAGUCCCUUGCGAGCCUCCCACUGUGUACUACCGCAUCCGCACUCGCAGCCAUCACUUCGCCGCGGUCUAAGUGCACCUGGUGUUGUGACAGACGGAGGAUCUCAAAGUGACAGUUCAAGUAGUGACUACUACUCUUGGCACAAAGGUUCUCGAGGGAGUUCUCCAUCCCAUGUACGUUUUCAGGAUGAAUCUGAAAGAGACGUACAAGAGAGAUAUCGAGAACGUCAACAUGUUCCACAGACUUCUCUAACAAACACUCCUCCACCAAAGAGACAGGCAAAUGGAUCUCCUUCCUGGACAGACCAAUUGUCACCAUCUGGUCAUGGACAGUGUGGGACUUGUGGCUCCAAUAUCAAAGCAUCAGGAGCCAGUCCAGCUGCUAUUCAUGGUACUAACCUACGAAAUGUUCACUUAGGCUCAAAAAUAACUCAGGAUGGCUCCCUAAGCUCAACUUUGGGGGUCAAGCCCUCUCCUCACUGGAUUCUACCUUCCCAACCAUGGCGAGUACAUACAGAGCUGAUCCGAGAAACGCACAUUGGCGGUGACUCGACCGCAGAUUCCUCUGGAGAAGAAGAGGGAAGUAGGACUCUUGGAAAAGCACCCACUGUAGUGCUAUCUAGAAAUGGUAGACUUGCAGUCCGUACAGAGAGUGUCCACCAACAGCUAUUACAAGGAGGAAAUAAGGUACCAGUAUUCCAGGACAAAAAGGGAAUUCAAUCAGACCUAGUGCCAAACUCUAAAGUGACCAAUCCUGAUGUUCCUGGAGAUAUGGACAAUCGUCAUUUGUCUACAGCUAGCAUGAAAGUAAUGGAACCUAAGUUCGGAGAGGCAUUGCCAAGUUGCAAGAAACUAUCAGAGGAGAAGAAGAGCAAGGAGGCCAAGGAGAAUAAAUCUUCUGGAAAGAAACAUGUGAAACGGGAACCAAGAGAACAUGAUAGCUCUCAUGCUGGUAAUAGACAUGUCCACUGUGAGAGAUAUAACUCAACAAAAGAAGAAUCUGGGCUUAGUCCUAAAGUCAGUAGUCACUCAAGGGAAGAGAAUGAAGGGAUUUUUUGGAGGAAAGAAAAGUGCACUGAGAAAUCUAAAACAAAUGGACAACAAGCUGCAAACAAUGAGCGAACCGGUUCUGGUCCAGUAAUUGCAACCAAAGACAGGUGCAUGGAGUUGGCACAUGAGAGCAAAGUUCAGUCUGAGGUUAAGAAAGGAGACAUCCGCAGUGGAAUGAGAAAAAUUUUCUCCAGCAUUGGCCUAACUUCAAGACCCAAGUUGGAGCGGUUUCAGUCUUCUAGCUUGGAACAGAUAACUCCUCCAGAGCUUCUAAAGGGACACACAUCAGCAAAUGGAGAGAAUGAGUCAUCUGAAAAGCUGGGUAUGAUAAAGAAGAGUCCAUCAUUGCAAUCUCUGAAGCUGAUGUCACCAUUUAACCUACCAAGAAGAGCAUCCUCUGUCCAGAACUUGUUGGGGAAGUCAGACCGCUCUGCUGCCUACAUUACAGGAGAAGCCAACACCGCUCCAAGGCGUGCACUCAGCGUAGAAGACAUUGGAUCUCCUGGCAUGGCUCGUGCUUUAGGGAAGGUGGCGGAGGUUUACCCAGAUGGUACUCGCCUUUUGGAAUUGCAUUGUCUUGAAAAGGGAGGUUUCGGGUUCAGUAUUUCUUCUGGUAACGGGAGGCCAGACUCAGGUAUAUAUGUGCAGGACAUGAGCGACGUCAACACUGCCAAGCUUUAUUCCGGCCUCCUGAGAGUCGGAGAUGAGAUCUUAGAGGUGAACGGAGCUAAAGUGUCUACACUGGGACUGGGACAACUGAAGGACAUCCUGCUCCGCGAAUCUGUGUUGUCGUUACGUGUUUUACAUCAGAGAAGGACCAAGUGCUGACAGGACAGAUGGCGGUGUCACAUGGUACUUACAGGUGAUGGACGAUACUAAGGCGUCCUCCUCUGAGGUCACCGCUUCCGCCUCGAGCUCGUGUUAGAUUUUUGGGAACGUCUUUGUUUACCAAACUACAUUUUGCACAGUGUGACGUCACGUCCUGUUUAAGCAGCAACACUGGUGUGACAGCCCGAAGGAGGCAAUACGUGUACCGCCGCACAUCCAACUUCUAUACCGCACAGUAUUACGCUGAUGGACCACAAGAGGCUGACAAUCGACGUUUUCCUGACAUGAAUUCCCCUCCCCCACCUUUUGCACAGGUUACGUUCCGUGUUUAUUUUUUGUGUAUUUAUGAACCUUUUGCUCCUCACUGCCGAUUCUGAUUUUAAUAUAUUAAACCUUUCCGUUU